AUGCCUGGCCAUAUGGUCAUCAAACAUUCCAUGGUGACUGAGCCGGACCAAAUAAAUGUUCGGCUCAAGACAACAAUCGGGCAUCUAAAACACAAAAACAGAGAGCUAGAACAAAGUCUAAAUGAUACCAAGCAAGAACUGGCCAAAGAAAUUGAGAUGCACAAACAACAAUUAAAUUCAGUUAUUGAAGAUAAGAUAGCCGCAGUCAUCAAAAAAAAGUUGAAACCAGAGUUAAGAGAGCGAGACAAGAAGACUAGAAAGGAGAAAGAAAGAAUAAAUGUCCAGCUCACAACAAAAAUAGAACAACUAGAAAAAGUGAUCAGAGAGCUAAACCAACGUUUAUUUGAAACCAAGCAAAAACUAUCCGUAGAAACGGAGAAGUACACAGACGAUUUUGAAAUAUUUAUAGCAGAUAGGAACGCAUUACUAAGCAUAAACAAGUUGAAAGAAGAGGUUAGAGAGCGAGACCAGAUGAUUAGAAAGGAGAAAGAAAGAAUAAAUGUCCAGCUCACAACAACAAUAGAACGACUUGAAAAAGAAAACAGAGAGCUAAACCAACGUUUAAAUGAAACCAAGCAAGAAUUAUCCGAAGAAACGGAGAAGAGAGAACACGAGUUUGAAAUGUUUAUAGCAGAAAGGAACGAAUCAUUAAGGAAAUCUGCAGCAGCUGAGGAAAUGAUCGAAAAAAUACGUCAAAUGGAAGAAGCCGCACGAGUGAGUGAUAGGAAGAAUAAAUCUCUGUCAGAAAGCAUAAACAUGUUCAAACAAGAUGUAAGAGAGCGAGACCAGAUGAUUAUAAUGGAGAAAGAAAUCACAAAACAACUAAAGAAAGACCUGAAGGAAACACAAUCGAGAGAAAUGGAUCUCCAAAAGAAAGAAAAACAGUCAAAGGAAAAUUUAACUUCCCUUAAAACGACAUACAAUGAAUUGGUCCAGUCCAAAGACAGAUAUGUUGAAAAUCUAAAAGAAAUGGAAGCAUUGAAGUCAAAACUCGAACACGAUCUUUUCAGAAAGAAUGCUGAUUACCAUUUUCAACAAAAAGAUCUCAAUGAAUCGGAGGAAUCGAAGGAACAAAUACGUAGCUUGACUCUCAAGUGA